CCAUUUUUUCUUUUCUUUCUAUGUAGAUAUUUUUGUCUAAACUGUUGGGCUACUUCUCGGUGACGCUUGUUCUGGAGUGAGUCUCUCUGGAGAGACAUGGGCUCCCUCAACGACAUUGGUGUUGCCGCGGGAAUAAACAUAUUAUCCGCAGUGGGUUUUCUUCUCGUAUUCGCAGUUGUUAGGAUACAACCUAUUAAUGAUCGGGUAUACUUUCCAAAAUGGUACCUUAAAGGGACAAGAAGCAGCCCAAGGCACAUCGGAAAUGUCUUGUCAAAAUUUGUGAAUGCCGAUGUGUCAACAUAUCUUCGGUUUCUCAACUGGAUGCCCGCCGCGCUUAAAAUGCCAGAGCCUGAGUUAAUUGAGCAUGCAGGACUAGACUCCGCGGUAUAUGUCCGCAUCUAUCUUCUCGGUUUAAAAAUAUUUGUGCCAAUUACUGUGCUGGCAUUUUCUGUGCUAGUUCCUGUCAAUUGGACUAGUGCAACUUUAGGAGAUGAUGAAGAGGGUCUAAGUUAUGAUCAAAUUGACAAGCUUUCAAUUUCGAAUCUUGGUCAAGGUUCAAAAAGGUUCUGGGUACACAUUGGAAUGGCCUAUGUGUUUACCUUUUGGACAUUCUACGUGUUGUAUCAUGAAUAUAAGGUUAUAACAACUAUGAGAUUGCACUUUCUUGCCAAUCAAAAUCGUCGACCCGACCAGUUCACGGUACUUGUGAGAAAUAUACCAGCUGACCCAGACGAAACAGUUGGUGAGCAUGUUGAGCACUUCUUUGCUGUGAAUCAUCGCGAACAUUAUCUCAGCCACCAGGUUGUAUACAACGCAAACACCCUUGCCAGUUUGGUUGAGAAGAAGAAAGGCUUGCAAAACUGGCUGGUCUACUACGAAAACCAGCACGCUAAGAACCCUGAAAAGGAGCUGAUUAUUAAGACAGGACUGUGGGGUCUUUGGGGGGAAAAGGUGGAUGCAUUACAACACUACAAGACAACAAUCGAGGAGCUAUGUAAACAGGAGGAUGAGGAGAGGCAGAAGGUGAUUAGUGAUCCUAAGGCUAUAAUGCCAGCAGCAUUUGUGUCUUUCAAUAGUCAGUGGGGCGCUGCUGUCUGUGCACAAACACAGCAGACCAGUAACCCAACGGUGUGGUUGACCGAGUGGGCUCCGGAACCUCGUGAUGUUUACUGGCCUAACCUCGCGAUCCCUUUCGUCGAGCUCUCCGUCAGGAGGCUUAUCAUGGCUGUUGCGCUAUUUUUCCUGACAUUUUUCUUCAUGGUCCCAAUUGCGCUCGUCCAAUCCGUGGCCAAUCUAGACGAUAUUGAGCGGGUGCUUCCUUUCUUGAAACCUAUAAUAGAGAGAAAUGGUCCAAGGUCAGUCAUACAAGGCUUCUUGCCAGGAAUCGCAUUGAAAAUCUUCCUUAUAUUUCUGCCAACAAUUCUCAUGGCCAUGAGCAAGAUUGAAGGCCACGUAUCACUCUCUGGAUUGGAGAGGAGGACAGCAUCAAAAUACUUCCUGUUUAUUUUCGUCAACGUAUUCUUGGGAAGUGUAGUAGCUGGAACAGCGUUCCAGCAGCUCAACAGUUUUAUCCAUCAAUCCACUAACAAAAUUCCAGAGACCAUUGGAGAAUCCAUUCCCAUGAAAGCGACUUUUUUCAUCACCUACAUUAUGGUGGAUGGAUGGGCAGGCAUUGCCGCUGAGGUUCUUAGGUUGAAACCGUUGAUCAUGUUCCACAUAAAGAACACAUUCCUGGUCAGAACUGAGCAAGAUCGCGAGCAGGCCAUGGACCCUGGGAGCUUGGAGUUUGGCAGCACCGAACCGCGAAUACAGCUCUACUUCCUCCUAGGGCUUGUAUAUGCUGUUGUGACACCCAUCAUUCUUCCUUUCAUCAUAGUCUUCUUCGGCCUGGCCUAUCUUGUUUUCAGACACCAGAUCAUCAAUGUCUAUAACCAGCAAUACGAGAGCGGCGCGCAAUUCUGGCCAGGCGUACAUGGACGAAUCGUCACCGCGUUAGUCAUAUCGCAGAUCCUGCUGAUAGGACUGCUGAGCACACAGGAAGCAGAGCAGUCCACUGUCGCUCUUCUUCCUCUUCCUGUCCUGACCAUAUGGUUCCACUACGUCUGCAAGGGCCGGUUCGAGCCGGCAUACAUAAAAUGCCCCUUGCAGGAGGCCAUGGUGAAGGACACGCUGCAACGGGCAAACGACCCGAUGCUGAACCUGAGAGAGUACCUCAAGGGCGCAUACGAGCACCCGGUCUUCCGCAGCGGUGACGUGUAUGAGCUCUUGGCCAUGGAUGAAGAGGAGAACCCCCACCUUGUCGCCACCAAGCGGCGGUCUCGGAUGACCACGCCGGUGGACAGCAAGUUCAAUUCCAGCUCUGGCACCAACGAAGGAGAGUUCAGCCGGCCGCGUCCUAGCUGACAAGGAAAUGGGAGCAGGCGCUGUAGAGUUUAACUUGAUCGGCAGCUGCACUGCACCAGUGCAUUACCAUGUGUGGACGACGUCGAUGGAAUUUUACAUUUGGAGAUGUUAGAGCAUCUCCAACGGCACACAAAAAGAAUGGCCACCUAAAUCCAGUUUUAGGAGUGGAGAGAGAAGAUUUAGGUAGCCUUUCUUUUUUCUGUUUUUGUAGCGGACCUAAAAACUGGAUAUCUAGAUUUCAGCUUCUACUUCUAUCACACAUAUUUGUAGAUAUGUAAUGUUCCAAAUAAUAUCAUACUCAUGUCAAAUAAAUCUGAAACAAAUAAAGUCCAAAUAUUACUUAA